UCUGCUUUGCAUCUGCUGUUCCUCUGCUCUCAUCAGCCUUCCUGGCAGCAAUCUCAUCAGCAUUCCUGGCAGCAAUCUCAUCAGCUUUCUGGCAGCAAUCUCAUCAGCAUUCCUGGCAGCAAUCUCAUCAGCUUCACUCAGCUGCAGUUCUGGUUACUGAGGGACGCAUUCACACCUGGAUGUCAUCAGUAUUCUCAGCUCCAAAACAUCUCCUCUUCCUGUUCACUAAACUCCAACUCUGAGUGCAAAACCCCACCUCUUCAUGAAUAUACAAAUAUCUAUGCAGUCUGA